AUGCCUGCUUCUUGUUCUUCAUCAACAACCGCUGUUCGAAGCACAUCCAUAUCAAAUGAACAAGAAAGUUCUUCUGAAGGUCAAAGAGUCGAAACAAUGGAUUCCGAAUUUGUGUCAAAUAUUUUUCUUGAACAAGAUUCACUUCAACAACUGCGAAGAUGUUCCUUUUCCCGUUGGCCACAUCGUACUAGUCCAUCAAGUGCACAAAUGAUUGAAGCUGGAUUUUUCAAUUGUAAUGUUGGUGAUCGAGUAUUUUGCAUUCAUUGUGAUCUUAUUUAUCAACAAUGGACACAUAGAGAUGAUCCAUGUGAAAUACAUAAAACACUUUCACCUAAUUGUAUAUAUGUUAAAGCAAAAUUAAGACGUCCUAUAGCUUCAUCUAUACUUAUUGCCAAUAAAAGUUCAGCAGGAGCAACUUCAGGCAAUCAUUCAUCAACAUCAAAUAAUCUCGGUUCAUUACGAUCUAAUGAUAUUAAGUUUACAGCUUCAUCUAAUCCUACUUAUUCAGAAAUACCAAAACGUCAUGCAUCAUUUGCAACAUGGCCAACCGAAGAUUUACCAUCAGUAGAUGAUUUAGUUCGAGCAGGAUUUUUUUAUACAGGUACGAAAACUAUUGUUACUUGUUUUUAUUGUAAUGGAUCAUUACAAAAUUGGCGUCCAAAUGAUAAUCCAAUGAUUGAACAUGCACGUUGGUUUCCACAUUGUGCAUAUGCUCGACAAUUAUGUGGUGAUGAUUUAUAUCGUAAAAUUCAAGAAUCUAAACGAGCACAACAAGAACGUGCUCGUGCCAAUGAAUUAAAAGAAAGAACAGGUUCUGGUGAGGUGGUAACUACUAAUCCAACAUCCAAUAGUCGACUAUUAUUAAUACCCGAUGAAAGUACUUUAUCGAGACUUGUUGCUGCUCGGUUAGAUUUACCAAUUUCACAACGUUUAGUAGAUCAACUACGAAUAGGACAUGAUGAUUUUGUACCUGAAUGUGAUUUAUAUACUGCUUGUUUAAUUCUUCAAAAACAAAUUGAACAUAUUGAUGGUAAAAAAGACAACAUUGUCAUACCAAGCAUAAAAAUGAAACAAGUCAGAGAACAAAAUGAGAAACAUAUGCGUCAACAAACAUCAAUUAUACUUAAUGCAGAUCAAUCAGUGCGAAACCCUGCUGAUGUUGAAAUGACGAGGUCAUCCCAAUCAUUAAGAAAUGAAUCAGCAUCUUCCAAAUUGUUUAUUGAUUCCACAUCAAAAUCAACAACCAAUGGUAAUGAACGUGAAACAAUAACAACCAAACAAAUAAGUACUAUCAAUGAUCGAAAUCAAUCAAUUAAUGUAACACCAUCCAAUCCAUGUGUUCUUUGUUUGACAGAAGAGAAGCAAUUAGUUUGUAUACCAUGUGGACAUAUGGCAACAUGUGUCGCAUGUAGUCAUUCAUUACGAUCGUGUCCAAUAUGUCAUCGACAAAUGGAAACAUGGGUUAGAAUUUAUUUCUAA